CUCUCGUAAUCUUGUCGUCAGGGAAGACGAUCCAUUCGCCGUAGCCGAUCUGACGGCGUGGACCGGGAGUGAACAACGAACUGAACGGACAGCCCAAGUCGCGCGAUCGAUCGAUCGGUUGGUCCGCUCGCGAUAUUCGUCCUCUCUUUCUCUCUUCCUGAGAAACGUGUAAUCGGGGAUUAGCGUGCUCGCGUAAGGCGUAGACAUUUAUAUAAAAUUUUCCGGAAUCAUUGUCCACGUCGGGAAUUCGGAAUUUCAUCGCGGUUUUUCCUGGCUUAGCUCCGCGUAACGGUCAUCGAAACCAGCGAAGGGUCGUGGGGGGGGCAGGAGCGCCUUGGCUUGGCGGACGGUCGAAGGUUGCGCGGCGAUAUAUUUCACACGAUUGCACAUUGAUGAACGUUACGAAGCGGGAAUUGAACUGAUCGCCAGGCAACAGCCAGAGUGAUUUAAUAUAACCCUAAUUACUUAACACAUUGUGAAAAUGGUUAAGGAAACUACAUUUUAUGAUGUAUUGGGCGUGAAGCCUGGAUGCUCGCAGGAAGAUUUGAAGAAGGCCUAUAGAAAGCUCGCUUUAAAGUAUCAUCCUGAUAAAAAUCCUAAUGAAGGAGAAAAGUUUAAACAAAUUUCUCAAGCGUACGAAGUAUUAUCAAAUCCAGAGAAGAAGCGUAUCUAUGAUCAAGGUGGUGAGCAGGCUUUGAAAGAAGGUGGCAUGGGUGGCAGUGGCUUCUCUUCUCCUAUGGAUAUCUUUGAUAUGUUCUUUGGAGGAGGAUUUGGUGGACGAGGAGCGAGGAGGAGAGAACGCAGAGGUCAAGAUGUAAUGCAUCAAUUAUCAGUUUCCCUCGAGGAACUUUACAAAGGAACUGUGCGUAAACUGGCUCUGCAAAAGAAUGUUAUUUGUGAGAAAUGUGAAGGUGUUGGUGGAAAGAAAGGUUCUGUUGAACAAUGUUCGACGUGUCAUGGUUCCGGCUUGCAAGUACAAAUCCAGCAGUUAGGUCCGGGAAUGUUACAACAUUUACAAACCAUGUGUGCAGAUUGCAAAGGACAAGGGGAACGUAUUAAUCCCCGUGAUCGUUGCAAAUAUUGCAAUGGAAGAAAGACUAUUAGAGACAGAAAGAUACUUGAAGUUCACGUUGAUCCAGGAAUGGUUGAUGGUCAAAAGAUAACUUUCAGUGGUGAAGGUGAUCAAGAACCAGACUUGGAGCCUGGCGAUAUAGUUAUUCUUCUUGAAGAAAAAGAUCAUGAUGUAUUCAAGCGUUCAAGAAAUGAUUUGAUUAUGCGAAUGCAACUAGAACUCGUAGAGGCAUUAUGUGGAUUCCAGAAAGUUAUUCGUACUUUGGAUGGUAGAGAUCUAGUGAUAACUUCACUUCCCGGCACUGUGACGAAACACGGUGACUUGAAAUGCAUCUUGAACGAGGGCAUGCCGAUUUAUAAAGAUCCAUUUACACACGGCAGACUUAUAAUACAAUUUAUAGUCAAUUUCCCGAAGAGCAUAGACCCAUCGCUUAUUCCAUCAUUGGAACAAUGUCUGCCACCGAGGGAAGAGGUUAUAAUUCCAGACGGUGCCGAGGAGUGUUUACUUACUGACUUGGAUCCUGAGCAGGAGCAAAGGCGGAGAGACACGAGACAAGCGUAUGAAGAGGACGAAGGAGGUCCAUCGCGAGUCCAAUGUGCCACACAUUAAUUUGAUUACACUAACCCUGUAAUAAACAUAGCCGUUUCUUUCAUUUCAAACUCUGUCCCAUUCGCUCGAUUCUAUAUCAUGCUAAAGAAAGAAACAAAAUGGAUAUGUAGGCCAACUAUUCAAUGAGCGAGAAAGAUAUAAUUCUACUGUUUGGACGUGUGCAAAAAAAAACCAGUGAGUACAGCAAUUAUUGAUUCUUUAAUUUUAUCAGUUACAUGAAAAUUAUAUAAUUUUGAAAGUAAACAAUUAUCGACAAUUUCAUUAUGAAAAGAUCCAAUGUGAUGAAAUAUCUUACUAAGAUGCAUCUUAUUGAGAUAUCUUUUAUGGACAGACUUCUCGUAGAAACUUUUAAGCUACUUUUUAGGAUCUCUUUCUGAUAUUUUCUCAAGAUGAAAUCGUAUAUAGGGAUGAAUAGAGAAUUAUAAUUAUGGAUACAGGAUAAAUGCGAAUGAUACUAUUACAGUAUAAACAGUGAAACCAACUAUAAAAAUCAAAGCCUUAAACGAUUUAGCUGGAUCUUAAACGCUUGUAUGAUUUUUGUGUGAAUUUAUAUACUACAUAUAUAGUCCCUAGAAACGCGAAACACCGAAAUGAUUUUCUUGAGAACGCUAACUCUACUAAAAUACCGCAGUAAUAUCACGAGUUAAAUUGACUAGCAAUUUAACAAAUAUUUGAUGCUUAUUCGCAUCUGCGGUAGUUUAGUAGGGUUAGCGUUUUCAAGACUGAAAAAUUAUUUCGGCCGUGAAAAAUCGUUUCGUAUUUCUAGGGACUACAUACGUAGUAUAUAAAUUCAUACAAGAAUCAUAUAAGUAUUUAAGACUCAACUAGAUCGUUUAAGACUUUGAUUUCUAUAGUUUAUGUUAUCAUAUAUA